AUGGAUCCAUACCAGUACCAACCGAUUGAUCUUGGUCGAACUUCUAUUCGACUUCUUCAACUCCACAAAGGGGACUGGUCCGAUAAAAUUCAAGGCCAUUUUAUCAGUGCAUGGUUCGACGAUCCUGAUAGUUUCAUGCCAUAUUUUGCAUUGUCCUAUACCUGGGGUGAUGUUGACAAAGUGGAAGAGGUUAUAAUUGACAGCGCCAGAAUCAGAGUGACUCUCAACUUACAUAUGGCGCUUCAGCAUCUAAGAUCUGAGGAAGAGGAUCAAAUUUUUUGGAUUGAUGCUUUGUGUAUCAAUCAGGAGAAUGUCCACGAGAAACUUCAUCAAAUCAGACAGAUGGGCGAUAUAUACAAGAAGGCUGAAAAGGUCGUGGUUUGGUUAGGUCGAGGGACUGAAGGAACUGACCUGGUGAUGGAUGCCAUGAAGCGGCUGCGAAAGGCAAGUUUAGGUUGGCAUUCAGCAGAGUGGAAAGACAAGGCCAGUGGCUGGGUCGAUGAAAACAAUGAACACUUGAUGAAUUUGCGCGAUCAAAUGAGAUUGAUAUUGGAACGACCAUGGUUUCGAAGAAUCUGGAUCUUACAAGAAGUUGCCAAUGCUCGGCGAGCAACGACAGUGCAUUGUGGUAAUAGAUCUAUCAGCGCUACGACCUUCUCCCAGUUUCCGGCUCUGAUUGCUUUAAACCCCGCUGUACAUUGUCAAUCAGUUCUGGAUAUAAUGCCUGGAAUCUCGCGGAAAGAGUCUUGGUGGGCACAUGGUCAAAAGCUUCACACAUUACUAGUAAAGUUCCGCGAAAGCGAGGCGACUGACGAUCGAGAUAAGAUAUAUGCAUUACUGGGUAUAUCUUCAGACGCACAUAGGAGUAAAAUCUUAGACCCAAAGUGCGACAAGUCAUCACAACAGGUCAUUCGUGAAGCUGUCUCGUUCAUAUUGUCUGAGAGGUAUCCUCAAUUGAUAGAUGAUGCGUCACUCUAUCAGUUUCUUGACUGGAAUUUGACGAAAUUUUUAGAUGCUGUGGAAGAUUUAGAAGGUGCUAUUUUGAUGGAUGCGUUUCAAGGAGCAGAAGGAAGAUUCCUCAAGUUAUUGAUUGAAACAGAUGUGUGUCAAAUUAGCUCCAGAGGCUUUCAUGAUCGAACUCCGGUGCAUUGGACCGUUCACAGAGAGCAGCUCAUCAUUUUAAAGAUGUUGCUUGACGCAUCUCUGUGUAGUUUUGAGAAAAGAGAUUCAGAUAGGCAAACACCAUUGUCACUAGCUAUUCAAACAGGAAACGCUAAAAUUGUUGAGUUAGUCCUUAAUUCGGGCGUAGACAUUGAAGCAACAUGUUUGAAUGGUUUAACACCACUGUUACUAGCUAUUGAAAAGGACAAAAUCAAUAUUGUUGACUUGCUCCUUCGGAGAGGUGCUAAAUACAAAGCACAGAACAUGAGUAGCUCCGAUCUAUUAUCACAAGAGAGCGAUAGACCUGGCCAGUCCAUAUCUCCAAUUUCAGCUCCCAAAAAUCCACUUCCAUUACCAUUUGCAAUUGAAAAAGGGAAUUACGGUAUCUCCAAACUGUUAUUUGACCAUGGUGCCCCUCUCAGAGAUGAGGGCCCAUCGUCAGACAUUGAAUGUGGAAUCGACAAGAUGGUUGAGUUCUUGAUUGAUCACGGUAUUGGCACAGACAAUUCAGAGCUCGGAAUACGUCUACAGUUGGCCGCUAAGCUUGGAAACGUCAAACUUACCAGGGAAUUCAUUAAGAGAGGGUUUGCGCUUGAAAGUAAAAAUGGAAUGGACCAAACACCGCUGAUUUUAGCUGUCGUGCAUGGUCACUAUGAAACUAUUAAGCUAUUACUCGAAAGCGGUGCUGAGAUUCACAGUGAAGAUUCACUCCAUCAAACACCAUUAAUGAUAGCAGUCCAAAAUAGGAACAAGAAAAUUGUAGAGCUUCUGCGUCAAAAAGGUGCUGAUUUCGAAAGAACAUUGAAGGACAAUGUAACACCAUUAGUAAUGGCUACUGACUGGGAACGCUACGGCAUUGUUGAAUUAUUAAUUCAAAGGGGCGCGGAUCUUGAAGUGAAAGAUGAUUUUGGUAGAACAACAUUGUCAUUCGCUGCUUCGUACGGAAUUUUAGAUAUUGCUCAGCUUUUGCUUGAAAAUGGUGCAGAGCUCGAAACAAGAGAUCAGGAGGGAAAAACACCACUGCAGAAUGCAAUCAUCUGGGGCUAUGGCCCAGGAACCGAAAUGCAUCAAAAAGGGGUCGUUACGCUCUUGCUUGAAAAUGGUGCUGAGCUCGAAACAAGAGAUGAGGAGGGAAGAACACCGUUGCAGAAUUUGAAGGCAUCAGAUUGGGAAAAUGAGGCCUCUCAACGAGAGCUUGUGGCGCUUUUGCUUGAGUGGGGUGCAAUUGAUAUGGAUGAGGGAUAG